AGGAAAGCAUAAAGGACAGAAUGCACGCAGUUGACAGCUGGAGUGGACCUGGUUGGAGGUGGUGGGUUUUUCAGGGGUGCAGACCCACAAGGAGAGAAAGGCAGGGCUCCUGGGGGCUGUGCAGCCUGUAAAUAUUCUGGAACCAGGGCAAGGGGCCCAGGGGGACUCGGAAACAGAGGGGCGCGGGAAGUCUGACCAGUCAGGCAGGCUAAGUCAGCAGCAGCCCCGCCCUCAGCACCCAGGCUCCCUGGCAGUCUGAGGUCGCCUCACGCCCGCCCAGACCCCACCGCGCGGCGUGUGCGGAUCCCGGAGGGCGCCCAGGGGGCGGCGGCAACGACAGCUGGGGCUCCAGGCACGCCGCUGCCACUUCUGUGGCGCCGGGGGCUGGUUCAGCCGGCGCGGGUUGGGGCGGAGAAAGUGGAGCAGCCCGACCUGACAAGAGGCUACCGGACAGCUGUGAGCUCAACCUAGGCGCGGGCGGGUAGGAGGGAAGGCGGCGACUGCCAAGGUCAUGCCCCGACCACAGCUGCCCCUCGGGAGACUGGCCGGGAGCCAAAGUCACGUCAUCAGGCUGCCGGUCAAGGGUGGAGUGGUGGCGACUUGCGGCUUUUCCUCAUGAGCCCCGCCUGGGUGUCCACCUGGCACUCAGCACGAGCACGUCUCUUCCCCCCGGAGCAGCUGCGUGACGCAGAGGCCUGGGCUUCAGAGAGAGCUCCAGGAGUGUUCAAGCCCGGCGCGCUGCCUCCCCGACUCUGUGUGUGUAACAGGCACAGGGCUUGCUUACGCAGGGCCCCCCACAGUGGGGGCUUCACAUGUGAGCAAAGCCGUUGCUUUCCAGCCCUGGAAAUCCGGGCGGUAUUGCUGCUGCCGUUGGCUGGAUCUGGGCUGGAUCUGCCGAGGUCUUAGACUUUGAUCCCACUGCUGAUCCCUCCGUGCAGUCGUAUCACUUCUGAUGAACUCCAGAGGGACCGUCCUCCGUCCACUGCGCUGGAAGGGAAGCAGCCGACCUCAAGGUGGGAUUCAAAUCACGAGUAGCAACUGUGCCCCCUAGACGUGAGAAGUUACCCGUCCUAUGAGGGGUCAGGACCUACGAGGUUCCGCAAAGACUUGAAGAUAUUGACUAACCCAGAUGGCUACCCCUGACAGGAGAGUGGUCCCUAGACCCCAGAGACCUGGCCAGGGUCCAAAGGAGAGUGGGGCCUGCCUGGGUCCCCUGGAGCUGGCCAUGCGGAACAAGGCACGGGAAUUCUUUCAGACCUGCGACACAGAAGGCAAGGGCUUCAUCGCCAGGAGGGACAUGCAGAGGCUCCAUGAGGAGUUACCCCUCAGCCUGGAGGACCUGGAGGAUGUGUUUGAUGCCCUGGAUGCUGACGGCAAUGGCUUUCUGACACCAGAGGAGUUCACCAGUGGGUUUAGUCACUUCUUCUUCAGCCAGAAUAAGCCAGGUCAGGAAGAUGCAGAUGAACAGGUGGCCCGGCUCCAGGAAGAGAAGGUGUAUCAGUCCAGAGGGGAAGAGCAGGUGGGCGACAUGGAUGACGAUGAGGAGACCCAGUUCCAAAUGCUGAUGGACAAAUUUGGAGCCCAAAAGGUUUUUGAAGAUGAAAGUGAUAUCAAGCAACUCUGGCUGCAGCUGAAAAAGGACAAACCUCACUUACUCUCCACCUUCGAGGAUUUCCUGACCAGGACCCUCUCCCAGCUCCAAGAGGCUCACGAGGAGAAGAACGAACUGGAAUGUGCCCUGAAAAAGAAAAUUGCGGCUUAUGAUGAAGAAAUCCAGCAUCUCUACGAGGAGAUGGAACAGCAAAUCAAGCAUGAGAAGGAGCAGUUUCUUCUAAAGGACACGGAGAGGUUUCAGGCCCACAGUCAGGAGCUGGAGCAGAAGCUGUUGUCAAAGGAGCAGGAGCUGGAGCAGCUCAUCCAGAAGCAGAAGCGGCUGGAAGGCCAGUGCGCCAUGCUACAAAACGAUGAGCAUGAAACCAAGGCCGAGAAUACCAAGCUGAAAGUCACAAACCAGGAGCUGGCCCAGGAGCUGGAGCGGACAUCCCGGGAGCUCCAUGAUGCCCAGCAGCAGCUGGAAAGCCUCCAGCAGGAGGCCCGCCAACUCCACCAGGAGAAGGAGAUGGAAGUGUACCGCGUGACGGAGAGUCUGCAGCGUGAGAAGUCAGGGCUCCUGAAGCAGCUGGAUUUCCUGAGGGAAAGGAACAAGCAUCUUCGAGAUGAACAGGACAUACGUUUUCAGAAAGAUGAGGCAGCCAAGGCAAACACAGCUGCUUCCAAGGUGAACUGGAAACAGAGAUCUGGCUCGGUGAUCGGCAAAUAUAUGGAUGGCAGAGGGAUUCUUAGGAGUAGCCAGUCAGAGGAGGAAGAAGAUGUGUUUGGCCUCCCGAGGAGGAGAAGCUCCCUAGGCCUGAGUGGAUAUCCCCUUCCCGAAGAGGAGCCAGGGGCUGGGGGUCCGCUCCCCCGGGCACUCCGCAGAAUCAUCUCCAUUGAAGAAGACCCCCUGCCCCAGCUCCUGGAUAGUGGCUUUGAGCAGCCAUUGAGCAAAUGCCCAGAAGAGGAGGAGGUCUGCCAGCAGAGGGUGGAAAGACAAAGCCAGCAAGCCAGACCUUUGGAACCCAUGCCUACAUCUCCCCGAGGGCAGCCUGUUGGAAAAGAAGCCUUGUCUAAGGAGGAAGCCUACCCACCUACCCCAGACCGGCUCUUCAAAAUUGUGCUAGUGGGCAACUCGGCUGUGGGGAAGACGUCCUUCCUGAGGAGGUUCUGUGAGGACAGGUUUGCCCCCGGCUUGGCAGCCACUGUGGGCAUCGACUAUCAGGUGAAGAUGGUGUGCGUGGACGAGUCGCACGUGGCGCUGCAGCUGUGGGACACAGCAGGGCAGGAGAGGUACCGCUGCAUCACCCAGCAGUUCUUCCGGAAGGCCGAUGGUGUCAUCAUCAUGUAUGAUGUCACCGCCAGACAGUCGUUCCUGUCGGUCCGGCAGUGGCUGAGCAGCGUGGAGGAAGCUGUGGGAGACUACAUUCCUGUUCUUCUGCUGGGCAAUAAAAUUGACAAUGAGAAAGAGCGGGAAGUUCCGCGAGGCCUCGGAGAGCAGCUUGCCAAGGAGAAAAAGCUGAUCUUCUACGAAUGCAGUGCCUAUUCUGGCCACAACACCAAAGAGUCCCUGCUCCAUCUAGCCAGGAUCCUCAAGAAACAAGAAGAUACAGCAAGGGAGGACACAAUACAGGUUGACCGCCCUGCCAAAAAGAAAUCUUGCUGUGGCUGAUAAGAGUCCUCCUAGGCCUGCUCCCUGCAGGCAUGAGGUCAUAGGACUUACCCCGAAUCCUGCAUAGGGGCUCCUGCUUGGCUGUUUCCACCACAGACUGGCUAAGCCUUUGUCUCUGUCAGUGACUUGCCUCCACCAACAGGAAGGGAAGCACGUCCAGUCAGGAAAGCUGCUUUCGGAGCAUUUUGGAGUCUUCUUUCUCUUCUCUCUCUAGAUCCCAGGUGCCCAUUUUCCCCCCAGCUUGGUUUUGUGGGGAAAAGAAACAGAUGGGCUUUUCCAGAAAAAUCACCACAUGCCUUCUCCACCUCCCUUCUGCUCCCCUUGCCCUUAGGAGCUGCAGCACCGUGGUUGCCAUGACAACUGCGCAGGGGCGACUUGCUGCUUCCUGUAGCCCAAAGAUACAGUUUUCAGGCAGAGCCAGGGCAGUGGGUCUUCCUUUGGCUCCUGUUCUCUGGGUAUCAAUGGGAUGCUCUAGGCGUAUGCUUCAUGGACCUUGAGAUGCCUACGUGGUAUUGAAAAAAGCAAGCCAGUGCAUCCACAUUCUAUUGCACACCCCACCCUCAGGGGUCCUCCUCCUUGCCAGGCUGCAGAACCCAGCCUCUCAGCAGCCGCCAUGCCUCCUGUAUUUGUCCCGUUGGGGUCUCUGGAAUGUGCCUUACAAGAAACCCACAUCUUCUCCUCUUAACCACCCACUCAUGACCCUGACUCCAAGGUGGACUGUGGAUGAUAAAUGUGUGCCUGGAGUUAGGGAGUGGGCUUACUUCCUACUUAGACUAAGAGAUGAAAAGAAAACGAGGGGAAAAACCCAUCUGCUGCUAAACAGAGCGACCAUUUCUGGAAUAUAAAUAAGGUAUAUAUAGCUCCAAAAAAGCCAUUUCCCAAUGUUUCUGAAAAUAGCUCUUUGAAAAAUUGUACAUGAUGAUUAAUAGGGUAGAUUGACAUGCAGGCAGUGAGGCCCAGCACCAGGUCCAUAGUUACAGAUUUCGUUUUAUUUUAUUUUAUUUUAUUUCCAGAAGACUGUAUUUAAAAAAAGAAAGUGUGGCUGUGUUGUUGACGUAUAGCUGGUGUUUGAGAAGUGAGCAGAGUAUAGCUGCAGGCUUCAGCACCCCUGGGACUUCACCAGAACAGGGCACUUGCAUUACGGGGAAUGAUCCCAUGUGUGGUCCCUUCGUCUGGGUGGUGGUGAGUUCCCAGCCCCAGCAGGGCUCCAGCAUCACUGGCUGGCCGUCAGGGGGGCUGGCAAGGGGAGGGCAUACUUGCCCUGGGUGGGAGCUUGGAUGAAAAGAUCAUAACUCUAGGGCUGCAGGCCCAGCCCCACAGGAAGUGAGUAGUAUCUGUAGCCAAGCAGGACAACAUAGAAAAGGAGAGGAGCAGAAAGUGUCCAUGGCCUCCAAGAAGAUUCAAGACAACUGUACACAGCCAGCCAGGCAAGAGUCCAUCCACUGGUCAGAGUUCCCAAGGGUGUUCCCUGUAGCCUCCUUCUCAGAUUCCUAAAAAAGUCAGGCACCCAUGGGUCACUAGGCAAGUGCCUACCUCCUAUUUGCAGGAUUUUGUCUCCCUCACUGAGUGCUUGGAGGCACCAGAGAGCCCAUGGAGGGUGCAGGACAAAAGCCAGCACUGAGCACCAGGAGGUGCCCCAUGAGCGUGGGUCAGUCAGCCCCCUGCCUGGGCUGCCAUCUCAUCAGUAAAAUGAACGGUGGGCUCUGUGAUGAUUCUCACUCUUUUUGCUCAGAAUGCUUGUGAUGAUUCCUUCAUUUUCCAACUUAGGCUGGCCCUGGUCCCUAGUCCAAAUUUGAAGGGAACUCACAGGAAACUCCUUUCUCUAAGAGAGGGCCCUGGGAGUGGUCUCAUUUGUGGGAUGCAGGGGAUGAUGGGUCACCCAGAAAUGGCCCUCCAAUAUCUGUGUGGGUGUUGCUGUGUGAAUAUGUGUUGUUGCGGGGGUGGGGGCAGAUAGAGGAUAAAGAUCAGCAUAAAGAAAGUAAACCAAAUCUCCUGCUUCUGAAAACAAAAAAAGCAGAGAUAAUGGUUGGAAUUUAUGGGGCAAGCAGGCCAUACCUGGAGUUUCCCAAGCCUACAGAUGCCUUUAUCUCCUAUACCCAGUCCCUGGCUUGGGCUGCAUUUUUUCAUUUAGAAAAAGUGCAUUCAGGGUUUAGAGCAGGGUGGACUGACCCUAGGGCCUGACCCUACAGCAUGUGGGGCAAAUCCCCACAAAGCCUCAAUGGUCCAGGCAAAGAAGAGAGGGCAGGAAGGGUUUUUAGGCCCCUGCUGCUUCUUUCUCUAACUCCACUUGAAACAAGUAUGGAGGAUGGGACUUCAGAGAGACUCUGAGAAGUUCUGUGUCCCCAGGUCAGAGCUUCCCCUUCUUUCCCCAUUCCCUUUAAGCUAUCAAGGUGAUCAGAGUCACCCCAGUGGCUGUGAGCCUGUCCCAGGGCCCGGCAGAGUGCUGUCAGAGAAACCUCUGGCUCCAAAUCAUUUACACUGCUGCAAUGAUCUUGAGUAAGUCACCUGGCCAGGUUUCCUGUUCGUCUGUAGAUCAGAGGUUUCAAUGUCUACCUCACACGGACACAUUAAGUAGUAAAUGAGGCAAUGAAUGUGAAAUACUUAGCACAGUGCCUAGCACACAUAGCUGUUAACAGGUAGGGGCUACCAUUGUUGUCAACAUCAAGUCACUGCCCAGACCACUAUAGCCUUGCCCUGAUUUCAGAUUGAGAACCAGCUAACACCUACCAAGAUCUCCCUGUAAGUGGGUGCUCUCACAAAUGCUACCUCAUUUGAGUAACGAGUUGCUGAGCCCAUUUGCCUGGCAUGUGAGCUUAUUUUGGGCGUUGGCUCUUGGCCCUGUUCUCCUUUGUUCCUGUGGGUUUCCUGGCUUUCCAAUCAGUACCCAUGUCUUACGGUAUCUGUGGUCUGCUUCCACAUAAUCCACAUAAUCCACUCUACCUCCCUGCCUGUGGUUCUCCACGAUGCACUCAGCAGCUCAAACCUGGUGCUAGCCUGUUUACCUAAGAAUGACCUGUGCUCAUCACCAUCCUUGGCCCCACAGUUUCUUCCCUAUUCUGACUCCUCUUGCUGCUUCUUGCAUCUGCUGCUACCCUCAGCCCUGAGUUGCCAAACCAGGGGCUUCAGCACCAAACCAAAGCCCCAGUUGUUUUUUGUUUUUAAGAUUUAUUUAUUUAUUUGAGAGAGAGAGAGAAAGCACACACGGGGUGGAGGGACAGAGGGAGAGGGAGAGAGAAACUCAAGCAGACUGCACGUUGAGCGUGUAGUCCAAUGUGGGGCUCGAUCUCACAACCUGAGAUCACGACCAAAACCGAGAGUCAGAUGCUUUAACCGACUGAGCCACCCAGAUGCCCUGCCCCAGUUGUUUUGCUACUUGUCUAGCAUUUACCUUACUUGACAGUCUGUUUGGGGUCUUUUCUCUUCCUCUGUGAUACACUAGCUUUCUUCCACCUCUUCCCAUCCUGCUCUUAACACUUCCACCCAAUCUUGGACUCCCCUCUUUCCUACUCUACUCCUUGGGCCCAUUCCAGGCCACACCUGUAUGUUCUAUCAAAAAUAGCUCAACCCCUUUUCUCUGUCACUAGUAGUCAAUGCUCCAAAGGAUUUUAAACCAAUUUCAGCUAAGGUAUUAAAGCAAAUGGUGGUUUAAGGUCUGUACGUAUACUUUAACAAAAAACUUUAAAAGAGGCAAAACUCUAGCUCAAGUAAACCCCUAGUGGUCAUGGGGGUCAAGUAUUUAGGACAGAGCUGCCCUCUCCUAAGGUGGUUUGCUUCAAGUAUUUUGGAACUCUAUUUCCGGGUUCGUAUAUGUUUGUAAUUGUUAUGGCUUCUUCAUUAUCAUUAUAAGGUAUCUUUCUUGCCUUUGGUAACAAUUUUUGUCUUAAAGUCUAUUUUGUCUGAUAUUAGUAGAGGCACUCCAGCUCUCUUUUGGUUGCUCUUGCUAUAACGUUUCCAUUCUUGUACUUUCUAUUUAUACUUUUAAAUCUAAACAGAGUCUCUUGUAGACAACAUGUAGUAUGAUCAUGUUUUUUAAUAUAUUCUUCCAAUCUCUGCCUUUUCAUUGGAAAGUUUGCUAUGCUUACAUUUAAUAUAUUGGGUAAAGUAAAAUUUAUGUCUGCCAUUUGCUAUUUCUUUUCUAUAUUUCAUGUCUUUUUGUUCCUCUAUUUCUCCAUUACUACCUUCUUUUGUGUUAAAUACUUACUUUCUAGCAUACUACUUUAACUAUCUUGUUAUUUCAUUUACUAUAGUUUUUUAACUUAUUUUCUCAGUUGGUGCCCUAGAAGUAACCAUUAAUAUCUUGGUUUAUAACAAUCUAGUUUGGAUUAACACCACCUUAAUUUCAAUACUACACAAAACUUUGCUCCUGUAUAAUUCCUUUCCCCUCUCCCAUAUGUUGUUAUUGUCAUAAAUUAUAUCUUUAUACAUUUUCUUCCCAUGAACAUAGAUUUAUUGUUAUUGCUUUUAUGCAGUUCUCUUUUAUUUUUUUAA